CUCAUCCUGCUGCCUCACCAAACAGCUCAUAGUGUCAUCAGUGUGUUCUCUCCUCUGCUUCUCUGCUGUUCGCUCCAUUCAAAGAUUCAAAUCUUCUUCCGCGCAGCUACGGCUUCCUUCUCCUUGCCUGCGCUUUCGUUUGGCCGGCGAGUUACCGCAGAAUCCCAGUCUCCUCUGCGCUGAGAUCUCAUAUCCAUCCCGGAGAGUUCGCCGGUCCGGCUUGUCCAGUAAUCUCCCCCGCCCCCAAAAAAAUUACAUCCGAUUUCGUGGCGUUUUCUUGGAGGCAUUAACUGCGUGUGCCGCGUCCAGCAUUCGAGCAAUGGCGAGACUCGCCGUGGCGCCGCUGCUGCUGCUGCUGGCAACGGCGGCGGAGGGCCUUGGGGUGAACUGGGGCACGCAGGCGUCGCACCCGCUGCCGCCCAAGGUGGUCGUGCAGCUGCUCAGGGACAACGGCAUCAAGAAGGUCAAGCUCUUCGAGACCAACUUGGACGCCAUGCGCGCGCUCGCCGGCAGCGGCAUCGAGGCCAUGCUCGCCAUCCCCAACAACAUGCUCCACGACAUCGCCCAAGACUCCGGCGCCGCCAAGGACUGGGUCAAGCGCAACGUCAAGCGCUUCGACUUCGACGGCGGCGUAGUCAUCAAGUACGUGGCCGUCGGCAACGAGCCAUUCUUGGGAGCAUACAACGGCUCCUUCAUCAAGGUCACCUUACCGGCUCUCCAGAACAUCCAGAACGCCCUAAACGACGCCGGCGUCGGUGACCGGAUCAAGGCCACGGUACCUCUUAACGCCGAUGUGUACAACUCCCCAGCCAAGAACCCUGUGCCGUCGGCGGGCCGCUUCCGCUCCGACAUCUCGGGCGUCAUGACGGACAUCGUCAAGUUCCUGGCGAAGAACAAGGCGCCCUUCACCGUCAACAUCUACCCGUUCCUCAGCCUCUACCUCAACGACAACUUCCCGCUCGACUUCGCCUUCUUCGAUGGGACCGCCACGCCUGUGCACGACAACGGCGUCACCUACACCAACGUGUUCGAGGCCAACUUUGACACGCUGGUGGCGGCGCUGGCGGCGGUGGGUCACGGCGACAUGCCUAUCAUCGUCGGCGAGGUCGGCUGGCCCACCGACGGCGACAGGCGCGCCAAGUCGUCCCACGCGCAGCGGUUCUACGACGGGCUGCUGAAGCGCCUGGCGUCGAACCGCGGCACGCCGGCGCGGCCGAGCCAGCACCUCGAUGUGUACCUGUUCGGGCUCGUCGACGAGGACCAGAAGAGCGUGCAGCCGGGCAGCUUCGAGCGGCACUGGGGCAUCUUCCGGUACGAUGGCCAGCCCAAGUUCGCCAUGGACCUGAGCGGGCAGGGCCGGAACACGACGCUCGUGCCGGCGAAGGGCGUGCAGUACCUGUCCAGGACGUGGUGCGCGCUCAACCCCAAGGCCAGCAGGAACGACCUCGGCAAGCUCCUCGGCGCCAAGAUCGACUACGCGUGCACCAAUGCCGACUGCACGCCGCUCGGCUACGGCUCGACGUGCAACGGCAUGGACGCCAAGGGCAACGCGUCCUACGCCUUCAACGCAUACUACCAGGCGCAGAGCCAGAAGGACGAGGCCUGCGACUUCCAGGGACUCGCUCUGCCCACCGAGACGGAUCCCUCCACCGCGGCGUGCAACUUCACCAUCCAGAUCGCCACCUCGGCGGCGGCAGCGGUGCGGCUCAGCGUGGCGGCGGUGGCUGCCGCGCUGGUGGUGGCGUCGGCCCAGCUCUUGCUGUCGUGGUAGUGUUAGACACUGCCGCCGUGUUUGUGUAUUCAUUCUAGAGAAGAUCAACGGCGAUUGUUGACUUGUAUUCUGCCUCAUUUUGGACGCGAUCGUAGAUGUUUUUCUUCCAUUUAAAUCUGGUACGGAGUACCAUAGUUUGUAGAAGCUUUACAAGCGAAAAUUCAAUUUGUCUCCUA